CUCAUUUUGAGAGAUAGGACCGACAUAUAAAACUGUGUUUAAUUCUAUAGGAAUAAUAGGUUUUAUUUGGUAGGAUUAUCUUGAAAUGUAUUACAAACCAAGACCUUUACGAAGUCCAAGGGAUCAUCAUUCAUGGAAAUGCGGAUUCUAAUGAAGAUGGUAUUUCUAUGGCGGGGGCUUCUGCUUUCCUCCCUUCUGUGGAAUACAAUAGAAGCGCAGACGCGCUACACUAUCCCGGAGGAGCUGAGUGUGGGAUCCGUUAUUGGGAAUAUAGCAAUGGAUCUGGGUUUGAAAGUGUCUGAGAUUUCCGAUCGUAAACUGAGGAUAGCCUCGGAGGGCGAUAAGCAGUAUUUCAGCGUGGAUUUGGGAAGAGGUGACCUCAUUGUUAGUGAGAGAAUAGACAGGGAGAAUCUGUGUGGACGAAAUCCCAAUUGUCUGUUACCUUUGGAGGCUUUAAUUGAAAACCCACUACAGCUGUAUCGUGUUGAAAUCGAAAUACAGGAUAUAAAUGACAAUUCCCCAGUAUUCCAAAACAAUCUAAAUGUUUUAAAUAUUGCGGAGUCUAGAAUUCCAGGUGUAAGAUUUCGUUUGGAAUCAGCACAAGACCCCGACGUUGGCUCCAAUUCCUUACGCUCAUAUACACUAAGUAAAAAUGAACAUUUUGUGUUAGACAUAAAAACAAAGAAGGAUGGGUCAAAAGUCCCAGAAUUGGUUUUAGAAAAGGUAUUGGACAGAGAAAAACAGUCCGUACAGAGCCUGCUUCUAACCGCCGUGGAUGGUGGGAAUCCUGCUAGAUCAGGCACAGCAGAAAUUACUAUUCGAGUUCUAGACAAUAACGACAAUGCACCUGUGUUUGAAGAAAGCACAUAUGACAUUCAAGUGGUUGAAAACACAUUACCAGGAACGGUCGUCGUCACUGUUAAAGCAGUCGAUCUUGAUGAUGGGUCCAACAGUGAGAUCGUUUACUCAUUUGGACCACACACAUCAGAGUCACUACAGGACCUUAUAACUGUAGAUCCGCAAACCGGUGAAAUAAUAGUUCAUGGAAAUAUAGAUUAUGAAAAGGGAAAUUCGUUUAAAUUUGAUGUUCUCGCAACAGACAAGGGCACCCCACCAAUGCAGGGCGUAUGUAGUAUUAAUGUAGAAGUUAUUGAUUUAAACGACAAUUCCCCAGCUCUCAUUUUAAAAUCGCAGCCUAGCCCGGUAAGGGAAGACACGCCUAUUGGAACGGUUGUUGCUUUGAUUAGUGCCAAGGACAUAGACUCUGGAGAUAAUGGUGAGGUAAGUCUGAAUAUGGCGUUAGGCUUACCUUUUUCAUUAAAACCAUCCAUUUCUAAUAACUACGCUUUGGUUACUGAUUCCAGUUUCGAUCGGGAGAAAAAAACGGAGUAUACUGUCGAAAUUAUAGCUUCUGACCACGGGAAACCGUCUCUUACCUCUAGAAAAACUAUCACGGUUCGUGUUUUAGAUGUCAAUGACAACUCGCCAGUGUUUUCCCAGCCGUUCUAUACUGUGUAUGUUAAAGAAAAUGGCAUCCCGGGAUCUUUACUGAGCUCAGUGUCCGCUUCUGAUACAGACAUGGGUGAGAAUGCGAAGAUCUCCUAUUCUAUAUUAGACUCUAAAGUACAAGACGUGUCUGUCUCCUCCUAUAUUUACAUAAACUCAGAUAACGGCAGCAUCUUCAGCAUGCACUCGUUUGACUAUGAGAAACUGAAGGUGUUUCAGAUACAGGUCCAGGCAAAGGACCACGGCUCUCCGUCUUUGAGCAGCAACGUCACGGUUCAUGUUUUUAUCCUGGACCAGAACGACAAUGCACCCGCUGUUAUUUACCCUUCCGCUGUCAUGGGCUCUGUCUCCCAUCAGAAGAUGCCCCGGUCCGCUAAAGCAGGCCACCUGACCACUAAGAUAUCGGCAGUGGACGCAGACUCGGGCCAUAACGCUUGGAUUUCCUAUAGGCUAGUGGAGGCCACAGACUCGUCUCUGUUCAGUGUGAAUCUUUACACGGGGGAGGUGAGGACUAAACGCGCUGUUUCAGAGCAGGAUGACUCCUCUCAGAGGCUGCUUAUAGAGAUACAGGACAAUGGGGAACCGGUCCAGUCCGCCACAGUCACAGUCAACAUAGUGUUAGAGGACGGGAUCCACGAGCCCAUCUCGGACUUCCGUCAGAAAACAGCCGAGCCCAGCAAGAGAAACAGUAAAAUCACCUUUUAUUUGAUCAUCUCUCUGGCCUCAGUGUCCGUUUUGUCUUUGUUGACUUUUCUCAUCUUAGUGGUGAAUUGCGUUAGGAACAGUAGGAGCAGCUCGAGUUGCUGUAUCAGACGGGCUGACUCUGACGGAUACAAGAAUCCCAACAGAAACCUGCAGCUCCAGCUCAACACUGACGGCCCUAUUAAGUAUGUGGAGGUCCUGGGAGGGGACAUGUUGUCUCAGAGCCAGUCCUUCAGAUCGUGUCUCUCUCCAGUGUCCGAGUUCAGUGAUUUCACCCUCGUUAAGCCCAGCAGCACCACUGACUUUAAGGACAUGAUAAACGUACUUGAUGCAUCUUUACCGGACAGCGCGUGGACGUUCGAGAGCCAACAGGUGAGAGCCUCACAAGACUCCGCUGAAGUACCAGUUGAAUAG